AAAGGCGCAGGGGUGGGAGCUGUUGCCGAAGCUGCCACAGCAAAAGUUCUCCCCCCUCCCCCCUUCCCCUCCUCUUAAGGCCCCUAGAAAGGUUGAAGCUGCCGCCGCCUGCAGUCGGUGACCGCGCGACUCGGCACCCGCCCGCGGAUAGAGGGAGGAAGCAACAGCUUGGAAAUUCGGCCAAGUGAUCUGGCGGGAUGGGCAUUUGCCUGACCUAUUUUGUAGAGGAAUUGGAUGGCAUAAAUGAUUGAAGUGGUAUUGAGGGUCUCUGAAGCCUAUGAAAGGUAGAAACUCAACCAUGAUUUCUUUUUCAACUCUACAGCAUUCCCUUCCUUGAAGUCUUCAUUUUUACGUUAGUCUCAGGCAGUUAUACUUAAGCAUGAACAUUGACGACAAACUGGAAGGAUUAUUUCUUAAAUGUGGCGGCAUAGACGAAAUGCAGUCUUCCAGGGCAAUGGUUGUAAUGGGUGGAGUGUCUGGCCAGUCUACUGUGUCUGGAGAGCUGCAGGAGUCAGUUCUUCAAGAUCGGAGUAUGCCUCACCAGGAGAUCCUUGCUGCAGAUGAAGUGUUACAAGAAAGUGAAAUGAGACAACAGGAUAUGAUAUCACAUGAUGAACUCAUGGUCCAUGAGGAGACAGUGAAAAAUGAUGAAGAGCAGAUGGAGACACAUGAAAGACUUCCUCAAGGACUACAGUAUGCACUUAAUGUCCCUAUAAGUGUAAAGCAGGAAAUUACUUUUACUGAUGUAUCUGAGCAACUGAUGAGAGACAAAAAACAAAUCAGAGAGCCAGUAGACUUACAGAAAAAGAAGAAACGGAAACAACGUUCUCCUGCAAAAAUCCUUACAAUAAAUGAGGAUGGAUCACUUGGUUUGAAAACCCCUAAAUCUCACGUUUGUGAGCACUGCAAUGCUGCCUUUAGAACGAACUAUCACUUACAGAGACAUGUCUUCAUUCAUACAGGUGAAAAACCAUUUCAAUGUAGUCAAUGUGACAUGCGUUUCAUACAGAAGUACCUGCUACAGAGACAUGAGAAGAUUCAUACUGGUGAAAAACCAUUUCGCUGUGAUGAAUGUGGUAUGAGAUUCAUUCAAAAAUAUCAUAUGGAAAGGCAUAAGAGAACUCAUAGUGGAGAAAAACCCUACCAGUGUGAAUACUGUUUACAGUAUUUUUCCAGAACAGAUCGUGUACUGAAACAUAAACGUAUGUGCCAUGAAAAUCAUGACAAAAAACUAAACAGAUGUGCCAUCAAAGGUGGCCUUCUGACAUCCGAGGAAGAUUCUGGCUUUUCUACAUCACCAAAAGAUAACUCACUGCCAAAAAAGAAAAGGCAGAAAACUGAGAAAAAAUCAUCUGGGAUGGACAAAGAGAGUUCUUUGGACAAAUCUGACCUGAAGAAAGACAAAAAUGAUUACUUGCCUCUUUACUCCUCAAGUACUAAAGUAAAAGAUGAGUAUAUGGUGGCAGAGUAUGCUGUUGAAAUGCCGCAUUCUUCAGUUGGGGGAUCGCAUUUAGAAGAUGCAUCAGGAGAAAUACAUCCACCUAAGCUGGUUCUCAAAAAAAUUAAUAGUAAGAGAAGUCUGAAACAGCCAUUGGAGCAAAAUCAAACAAUUUCGCCUUUAUCCACAUAUGAAGAAAGCAAAGUUUCAAAGUAUGCUUUUGAACUUGUGGACAAACAAGCUUUACUGGACUCAGAAGGCAAUGCUGACAUUGACCAGGUUGACAAUUUGCAAGAGGGGCCUAGUAAACCUGUGCACAGUAGCACUAAUUAUGAUGAUGCCAUGCAGUUUUUGAAGAAGAAGCGAUAUCUUCAGGCAGCAAGUAACAAUAGUAGGGAGUAUGCGCUGAAUGUGGGUACCAUAGCUUCUCAGCCUUCUGUAACACAGGCAGCUGUGGCAAGUGUCAUUGAUGAGAGUACCACAGCAUCCAUAUUAGAUUCACAGGCACUGAAUGUGGAGAUAAAGAGUAAUCAUGACAAAAAUGUUAUUCCAGAUGAGGUACUGCAGACUCUGUUGGAUCAUUAUUCUCAUAAAGCUAAUGGACAACAUGAGAUAUCAUUCAGUGUUGCGGACACUGAGGUGACUUCUAGCAUAUCAAUAAAUUCUUCUGAAGUACCUGAGGUUACCCAGUCGGAGAAUGUUGGAUCAAGCUCCCAAGCAUCCUCAUCAGAUAAAGCCAACAUGUUGCAGGAAUACUCAAAGUUUCUGCAGCAGGCUUUGGACAGAACUAGCCAAAAUGAUGCCUAUUUGAAUAGCCCGAGCCUUAACUUUGUGACUGAUAACCAGACCCUUCCAAAUCAGCCAGCAUUCUCUUCCAUAGACAAGCAAGUCUAUGCAGCCAUGCCCAUCAAUAGCUUUCGAUCAGGAAUGAAUUCUCCACUAAGAACAACUCCAGAUAAGUCCCACUUUGGACUAAUAGUUGGUGAUUCACAGCACUCAUUUCCCUUUUCAGGUGAUGAGACAAACCAUGCUUCUGCCACAUCAACACAGGACUUUUUGGAUCAAGUGACUUCUCAGAAGAAAGCUGAGGCUCAGCCUGUCCACCAAGCUUACCAAAUGAGCUCUUUUGAACAACCCUUCCGUGCUCCAUAUCAUGGAUCCAGAGCUGGAAUAGCUACUCAGUUUAGCACUGCCAAUGGACAGGUGAACCUUCGGGGACCAGGGACAAGUGCUGAAUUUCCAGAAUUUCCCUUGGUGAAUGUAAAUGAUAAUAGAGCUGGGAUGACAUCCUCACCUGAUGCCACAACUGGCCAGACUUUUGGCUAAAAAAAAUGUGUAAAUAAUACUGGCACUUUAGAACAGAUUAAUCAAGAGUGGGGUUACUCUGUGUAAAAUGGAGUGCUGUACAGAUUUAAGAGCAAUGCGUUAAAACAAGUUAAGCUGAUAUGAAUAGCAAGAUAAUCCAAUAACUGCAUUUUAUUUGGUUAGUCAGCAUUCUUUGAACUGCCUUACAUGUUGUCACCUUUAUAGAAGCAAUGCAUUACUUGUUUUAGAUCAGAAACUUGCUAUUCCACCUACACCAAGUUUAAAAGGAAAAAAAAAAAGACUUUCGCACAAUUGUUUCCUAACUGAUAAUAUUGUACAUUUUUAGGAGAUUAGUGAUUGUGUGAAAUUUACUCAUACUGUUUCUAAGUUUUCAGCAUAGACAUGGCACUUCAGCAGGGAAUCUGAGUAUACUUUAUAGACAGAGUGAACUUAAAAGUUUAAAUGUCAAGAGAUUAUGGCUUAAAUAAAUUAGUGUGUCCUAUAGGGGGAAAAAAGGAAACCACCUUUUAAAAAGAAUGAUAUGCCAUAUACCCUUGAUUUUCAUUUUGCAUUAUAUUGACAUGUUUUUUUUUGAGAAAAAAGUAAUAAAAAUCUGAUAGUCUAAGACUCCACUAUUUAAAAGCCUAAUUACUUUAAAAAUAUGCAUACUUUCAAAACUUUUACCAAAAUACAUAACUGUUGAAGCAUUCACUUCUCUAUGGAAGUAUGCAUAUUGGUGUCAGUUUCUUUGUACAGUUGUACCUAGAUAUUUUUUAUGAUUUUUCAUGUGCAAGUAUCAAGGUUUUGAAGUUUUAGUAAAAAGAUAUUCUGUAGAUUACAUUCCCAAGAACAUAAUGCUUAUACAAAAUGUAUAUUCCACAUUUUAAAGCUUAAUUGUAUUUUACUUUACAUAUACACUUCAGUUAACAUAGAGCACUUAGAAUCUAUUUGGUAUUUUUGAUUUCUCAAAGUAAAAAAAAAAUUUAGAUUUUUAGGUUUGAUAUGGUUGUGUCAUAAUCAUCUCAUAAUUGAAAAUUUUAAUUUUUGGCAAUAAAAGGAAAUUGGAUAUCUUUGGAACUGUAAAACCUGGUUUAAUCCUUCUCUUUCUAGAAUCUUGAUAGAUUGGAUAAUUAAACAGUAUCCAGAGAAACUAAAGAAAUGGGCAUUUUAAUUGCUUAUUUUAUCUUGAGUUACUUUUUAAUGAACACUGCUCAUUACAAUUUUACAAACCAAGAGUGUUUACUAAUUCUAGUAACUACAGUUUCUUUUUCAGCUAGAUGAGUGAUCGGAAACUUUUUGUUGCAUUUCAAAAUCUAAAUAAACUACAGACUUUAUCCUUAUACCACGAAUGUUUUUUUUUUUAAUUCUUUGUCUUAAAAUAAUACAGCAUGGUACAAUAAAUAGUGCUUUUAUAUAUAUACAUAUUAUAUAUAUACUUUUCUAAAGAAUGAUGGUUUGAGUUACACAUUGGACAGUUUUAAUUUUUGGAAAGUAACAUUAGUUAUACUGAUUUUAUUAUCAUGUUUAAUUUCUUCCAACUUUUUGGUUUUUUUGUUUUAAAUUUCCAGCAUCUUUGUCACAAUGCACAUGUACUGAUAUAGCACCAGUGAUAAUCUAAAAUUAAAACCCGUGGAAGAUGCAACUUUAUUGUUAAUUUCCAUUUUAACUUUUGUAUUGGCCUUAUAGAUCUGCAGUCUUUGUUUCAGUAUAGAAUGUUAUACAUUUAAAUUAUUUUUUUCUUUUAUUUAAUGUUAUCCCAAGACUGUUCUCAUAAAGAAAGGGAACACAGGAAUAUCUCUACCCUUAACAUCUUUUGCAUUUAUUUUGAAUAUAUGGUGUUUUUAUGAUAAGGAAUAUAAAUUAUGUUUAAUAUGGGUUUCCUCUACACUUUGGUUAUUAAACUUUGCUUGAAAUAUUUUCCCAUUUGACAGCUUUCUUUGCUGCCAAGUUUUUCAAGAAUUUUAGACUUCUUUGAAGUAGAUAUUGAAGUUCUGCCAUUAUUGACUCUUAAGAAUGGUGUGUCUUGUGUUGCACAUUACAACCUCAUGAAGGCUUCAUUCAGGCGAGAUGUUAACAAUGGAACUGUGCUCUCCCUAGGUAUAGGCAUUUUUGUUUUUCUCAUACUACUAUUGGAUGAUGGUAGGCAUUUAUUUUGUUUUUUUUUUUUGUUUUGAGCCUGGUUAGAAUUUCUGUUCUGUUGAGUACUUGGUACAGAAUAAGGUUUUUUGUUUGUGUUAACAUCACCAGCACAGUUUUUAGAAUGUGGCUCUACUGCUGAGCAGUAAGCUAAGGCGGGAAGGCCUUUGAAAGUGGCAGUCAUGCAAGCAGUUCAGGUGUUGCAUUCCUGUGUUCACCACAUUUCUUUACAUCUACAUAAUGGCAGACUUUUCUACCACAUUAUAAGCAUAUUUUGAGAUAAAUGAUACUUUGGCAUAAUUUACUGACUUACCACUUUUUAAGUAUAGUCAUUGCUCUCUUACUGUGAAAUUCUACAUGCCUACCAGAGUUACCUUGUAUUAUCAUAUGAUAAACAUCUCAGCAGUUUGGGUUUCCCCAGUUUCGUUCAGAAAGUUACUUAAUUUCUAUCUGGGCAUUAAUAGAGAAAGCAAGUAGCCUUUUGUGCUGCUUUAAAUCAGAAUAUUGAGGAUAUUCUUUUGCAAUUUUUUUUUUCAUUUCUCUUGGUGAGCAAAUUGUUCUAUGAAAACAUACUCUUACACCCUUAAACUUGGCAAAGUGUGAGUGAGGUGUGCUUUCUUAGGACCUGUUCUCAUGUUUGAAGAUUGGAAACAGAUCACAUUAGUUGAAGUAAUAUCUCUUGAACAUCUUCUAAAAGUGUGGUUUUUUAAAAACUUAUUGCACACAUAUUUCAUUUGGUUCAGAAUAUUUGAAGUGGCUCUUAAACUUUUUGGAUCUACUUGCAGAUUUUCUAGUUGAUACCAUAGAAAUCCAUCCUUUUACCUCUGGCUGAGUGAGAACUGUUCAUGGUCGGGUAAUUUUUCUCGUUUUGAGAGGCAAAAGAGGCCUUGUGCUCAGGGUAGGCUUUCAUUUCCACAGGCCAGAGAAACUUGCAAAGUGCCAGCUAGGUUAGAUCUUUUGCCACUUCUUUCAUUUUAUUAAUUUGAGUUUUUAAAGGGCUGUUAAAAAAAAAAAAGCCGGGAAACUUAAAAGUAGGCAUUACUGUAAAACUACAUUUCUUAGACUUAGAACAUUUUAAACUAGAACUCAUUUUUUCACAGUGUAUUUACUUGAAGAAGCACUAUUAUAAUCAAUGAGAAACUUUUUGACUCUGCAAUUUAAUUUAAACAUUUUCCGUUUCAAAUUGCUUUAUUUCAGGGAAAUAAUUUUCCAGUUGUUUUUGCUAUAUUCUGCAAAUAAAAAAAAGUAUGUUUCCUUUUUCACUUAAACUUUGGUAGGAAACAAACUAAAGCAGACAAACAUUUCUUGUUGUGUUUGUUGCUUUCUUUAAUCCAAUGGAUAAAAAAGUAAAACCCUGUAAACAUUAUUUUAUUUUUUUAUGCAAUACCAUGCUGUAAAUAUGGUUCAUCAAAUAAGGAUGUACCUAUGAUUGAAUCUUUAAUUCUGCACAGUUAGAGUUUAUAUAUAAACGUGUCUUGACAAUCAAGGACUUUUAUGUGAGUCUUCCUUUAUGAUGUUUAUUAAUGUUAUGCAUUCCAUUUGUUUUGAAGUGAGUACCAAUGUGCUAAUUUGUAUUGUCUGAAAGUAUGUAAUGUUUUUACAGCUUGUUUUUAAGAAUCUGUAAAUAUGUACAAACAAAUCACAGUACUGCUUUAUGUUAGAAGGCAUAUGAUGUUGUACUGUAUGUAAGCAAUAAUACAUAGCAGUGCUAACUUUACAAGUAGCAUCAGGAAAGUUCUAAAAACAUUUCAGAGUUAUUAAUUAUCUUUAUUUCAUUUAAUAAUGAUUAUCUUUAAUCAGUUUUUAUAAGCAAAUUCCAUUGUUCCUCCUAUUGGAACGUAACACUGUUUACACAGCAUAAUUGAAGUUGCAGGGGAGACAGGCUAAAUCUGCCUUCAUCUGUACUCACUUUCACUAAGCAUUGAAUGGCCUUACCACCCUUCUGCAAGAUGGAGGAAGACUGCAAAACUUAGUGCCCAUCACACUGAAGGAAGGGGGUGUGUUUUUUUGCCUGCUUCUGUACUGCUACCUAACUUCGUGGUUUGCUUUGGAUUUUAAUAUUUGUUUCUGUUUUAGAUUCAAGCCCAUAAGUUUUGAGGUGACUUCAGCUCCAUUGUGAAAUAGUUCUCUUCAUAUUUCAUAGCUACAUUUCAAUAAUUCUAAACUUUCUACUUUGAUUUUUAGAUACUUAUUUUUCAACCUUGAUUUCUCAGCUGAUCAGAUGAAUUUAUUCAACUUCAAUAAAAAGAAAGACAAACCUAUUGUAGUUUGAUUUGAGUAGAUAUUAUACUGUACAGAACAGCUAACUAUUUGAACACACACAUCACUGCUUUAGAAAUAAAACCGCCAAUUUAUAAAUGUAUAUGACCUACAUUUUAUAGGAAAAAUGUUUUUAAAUGCUAGUCAUUUAUAUAAUGUGCUUUGAAGGAUUUGCUAGUCCACUUCUGUCACUUUUUAGUACACUGGUAUCUUUUAUAUGUAAUGUAUGCUUUUUAUUAUUGUAGCAGAGCAUUUCAGUAGAAAGAAUUUUGCAACAAUAUGGGGGAAAUUUUUCAUUGUUGGAUUUGAAUUAUACUGGAUUUUAUCUGUGUAGUCUUACUUGUCUUUAUUUUAAUGCUGUCUGGAAGGGAACUUGGUAUCCAAAUAAAGCAGGUAACCUCAUUUUACUUCAAGGGCAUACUGUGUAGUGCUGAAUUUAAUCUGGAAAUCUGAUGAUUUUGAAAAGAAAAACAAGUUUAUAAAAAUUGUACAGAAGAAAUUAAAUGUGUAAUGGAAAUCCUGAUGGUGGAGCACGUUGAAUUUUCUGAUAUAUAGUGUUAUUUUCCUGGGAUCCCCUAUGCCUUCUUUGUAUUUCAACUAAUAAAGGAAAAACCUUGUCAUUGAAACUGGUAGGAUAAUAGGAUAUUCUGAAUAUACAGUAUUACUUUUCCUAUCCCAUUUUCUGACCCUUUCUCAAUCACUGUAAAUUUUAUUUUCUAUUUCCUAUUGAUAAUUAAACAUGUACAUAAUAUAGA